AUGAACAAGCUGGUGUCUGAACUCAAUGAGCAGCAACAGGUAUAGACAGGGCUGACGGGGAUUUACUGAAUCAAAGGAAAGUAGAGAUGACUGUCAGGACACUAGAUGAUAAAAAGCCUCAGUUCUGUCAAAUCUAUUAUCAGGUGGUUUGGAUCUGAGCGGUGCACAGUCGGAACAAGUACUGUGAUUCCUGUCAGCCGCCCACAGCACCGAAGAAUUACUGCAGCGAUAAAACCGUAGCACACCAGCAAAAACUUUUACUACUUUUGGCCAAAAAACUUCAAGUACUGUGUUUGAUUACAUCAAGGCACCUGGGUCACAGUGGAAAUGAACCUGCAAAGAACAAAGUCACAAAGGAGGACUGGACUGGUGCUGUGCUGUGUUUUGCUCUGGACCACUCUACAGCCAGAUUUGUUCCACCAAGUGUCAGCCAUCAACCUGCGGCACUUCAUUGGUUGUGCCAUACGGGAGUUUACUUUCCUGGCUAAGAAGCCUGGCUGCAGGGGACUGCAUAUCACCACAGAUGCCUGCUGGGGGCGCUGUGAGACCUGGGAGAAGCCGGUCCUGGACCCUCCAUACAUCGAGUCCUACCAGCGGGUUUGCACUUACAACGUUACCCGUCUUGUCACCGUGAAACUACCCAACUGCCAACCAAAUGUCGAUCCGACCUACACCUACCCUAUCGCCCUGAGGUGUGACUGUGGAGUCUGUCUCACCAGCACCACUGAAUGUAUAACCGCCGUGUGAC